AGUGCCUCCUGAAAUUUUGCUCUUUAUAUAUGAACAUUCGCUUUGGUUCAACAGAUAGUCAUUGGACAGCAACGGUAGACUUCGUAUUCAACCGGACAUUUUUAAUUUCUUCGACGAACCGAAAGUUAAUACAGUGAAAAGAAAUGAGUGGAUAUCUGACUAUCAUCGGUUUAGUGUGUUUGCAUGCACUGAGCGCAAUAUCAGUUAAUGAAUAUACAGAUAAAAAGCUGCAAAACAUUUGGUUAACGGAUAUGGACGACAAACAGCCCUCAUCUAGGUUCGAACGGAGCGAUCAGUUUGAAACAGCUAGUGACAUUAUACUGAAAGAUGCCAGUGCAUAUCCAAAGAUAACCCGCCGAGGUUUCGCAGGAGAAGAAUUUUUCUUAAAGGCUUCAAAGUCAGUGCCUAGAAUUGGUCGUAGAAACAACGACAUCAAGGAAUCACCGAAAAGAUCAACGAACAAAGAUCAAAUGAACAUGGUGGAAUAUUGGCCGUACUUUCAAACUAAUGACAUCAACGACUCUACAAAAAAACAUGACUAUGACGUAACAUACGGAUGUCAACAGUUAGACGCCAAAACGAUUUUCUUAGUAGAUAUGUAUAACUUUGUGUGCAAUGAUCAAUUAUAUUGCUGUGGACCGGCAAAGCGUACCAUGAUGAACUCACCAAGCGUAAAUUACUUGUGAAAACAAAGUCAACAAUAAAAAGUAGUCAUUAUUA